AUAUUCAUUGGUCUUGAGCUGACAGACACUCAAAACGAUCUCCUGGACAAGGAACACACUUCUGUCAAAGAUCGAUCUUGGCAGAUCACAACAAACAAAAACACCCAGUAUGAACUUCGCUAUUGAACAUCCUGAGCUACAGAAAUCAGCAUUCAUGGAUUUUUCAAAUAUGUCUCCGUUAAGCCACCACUAUGCUCCUUAUUAUCCGCGCUGCGCUGUUGGAUCUCCGAGAACGGAGUAUAAUCUUCCUCCAAGUUACAGCACUCGGAUGAACUUUCCACUUCCAGUGAAUCAUCUUGGCCCUCCAGCACCACCGACUUCACAUGCUUAUAUACCGUACGUCCCGCGCGAAUUAUACGAAGACCACUCAGAUGAACCGCGUUUGAACAAUAAAGGUAAACGACCUCGUAAACCGAGGACGAUAUACACAAGUUAUCAAUUACGAGAGCUAAACAGACGAUUUGAGCGUACACAGUAUCUUGCUCUACCUGAACGAGCAGAAUUGGCCGCGAGACUUGGCUUAACUCAAACGCAAGUAAAGAUUUGGUUUCAAAAUAAAAGAUCUAAGGUGAAAAAAUUGAUGAAAAAUGGCGGUGAAAGAACUCCCGACGAGAAACCUUUAAUACAGAAUGCGGCCACAACACUUUGGGAGAGUUCACUACAGAAAAGCGAGAAUGAUGCAUGCUCACCAACGACACCAGGGACACAUGAUAACCUACCUGAACACUGGUCUCUAUCAAAUUCAACACCGCUCGACUGCAGUUCUCCAUUUCAAACAAGGCAUUAGCUCGGAAAUUCUGCAUUUAAUCAGUGUUCAAUUUAAACAUUCACGUUUCGGGUAAUAUACCUAAAGAUUAUUUAUUGAUUGUAAAUCAUUUUUAAGAAAAUUAUGCUGGAGAUGCAUGAAAAGCUCUUCUCGCGGCUACACCGUUGUUAUAACCUAAAACACAGUGCGUAGACAGUUUAAAAAACUAGUUGUAAAUAUUAGAAGAUAAGAGGUGCAUGUAUAACGGGGAGAGAGGGCGAUUCAAUAUCAAUGAUAUAGGGAUGUUUUUAAUAUGAGGAGAGAAUGGCACUUAUCUGUUAAGAUAACACUAAGUCGUAAAGUAAUUCACACAUGAUUGCAUGAAUGCUUGACAAUGUAAACACAGAUAUCUGAUUGAGUGUCUCGACCUUUGAAAAUAAGAGGGCAACACUUACGCAAAACGUAUGCAGAGAAUGACAGUCAUCAAGACUAACUGACAUAGAAUUGAAAUCUAUUUAGACUGAAUUAUAUAUGUAAAUAUAGUAAAUUUAUAGUGUAGUAAUAACUUAAAUUAUAAAUAUUAGAAGAAAACUCCGGAAAAUGUUUUCUCGUUUUGGUUUAAACAGCAAAGGCGUGGGUUAACGUGACGCGCCAAGACACUUGCUUGCUAACAUCCGUUCUUCAAUGAUAUGACGCUGCCAGCCACACACACUUCAUGCAACAGAAUGUCAAAAUAACUAAAGAACGUUAUGGCUAAAUCAGCAAUCAUUUAAGAAACUAUUUACCUAAGCAAAUAAGCCGUGCCAUAAUCCUCGUAAUCCUGUUAAUUUCAAAUUCUAUGACUGAAAUAAUGA